AAUGACACUUAAUUGGCCUCACCUGCAGGUCGAGCCUGCUGCACACGCAGGCAAGGGCGUCAACAAGCUAGCGAUGUUGCCUUGCCGCGAAAAAAGAAAAAAGUACACCUUGUUUUUAUGUGUAGCAACGAUUCACUGGUUCCGGCUCUGCGGUUCUUCACCGCCGUCACCCAUAACCGAACGGGGAAGGGCCGAAGGGGAUGUCCCGAAACGGAAGCUUCUUGAGCUGCUCGUCCAGGGAAGAAAAGUGCACGAUGACGCCAAGAAUGAUUAUAAUCAGUUUGGGUCUGAAACUGAAGAGUCCGCUCAAUCCAAAUUUAAUGAAGCCGUUACUCGGGAGCGCUUGUCGGGGACUUGGACCAAAGGUCAAGCCGCUCAAGAUGGAUAUCAAAAUGAUUUCCCAGGGUUUUCUGGAGUUGCGGGCAAAGUCUUGGUACCGUCAUCUGAAGCGGAUCCGCGUGCAUCCGAGUGGCUGGCGAUGAGGCCCGUGCUGCUGUGUGAUCACAAUUUUAUGACCUUCACAGCUUCAGGGCCAGGAUUCUCACAGCUCUUAGUGGACAAAGGUGGAGCCUCUCCCGUCUCUCCGUUCCAACUGGCUCUGUAUUGCGGCUACAGCGUGAGGAGGUGGUGGGGUGGCCUUCUGAUGGUGGUGCCCUACGACGCCUGCUACGUUACCCAGGAGGUUUCCUUCGCGCGCCGCACUCGCGCUCGCCUUGUCCGCUGCGCCCUCGACCGAAAAACGCGUCCCUUCCUCUGCUUCCCCCAGAACGGCAGUUACGUGCUGCCCGUGCUUUGGUGGGGCAGCCCGCUCAAGCUGGCUUGCCCGGCGCAGACGCCCACGGCUGCGCCGUUGGCCCCCGUCGUCCUCUGCUCCCACUCCGGCAUGACUGUGCAUUUGGGCCAGCGAGACAACGCUCUACCCGUGCUGGGAGUUUUGGUAAACCAAGUUUGGGCCGCGUUUGUUUCUGCUCGCUGCGCGUACCGUGUGGACUCCCAGCCGGACGACUUCGUCUUCUUCAUCCCGUUCACGGCUCCUUGUCUCACAGCUGGACUCGAACUCCACCUUGUUUUUCCUAAGCAAGAAAUGAUCUUCUCCUGUCCUUUCCCGCCUGCAACAUCUUCUUCGCCUCGGGCUUCGAGUGCUCCUCACCAUUCCAGUCUUUCAACUCCACCUCCACCUCCAUCUCCGGCCCAAGAGUCAAUUGAUGGAGUUCCCAAUCAGCGCCACGCAACCGACACGGACUUGCCGUACCCUGAAAUUCCACAGCCCUCCGCUGCUGAUCUUCAGCCUGACAUUACACCUUGGUUUUCUCCAACCAGUGGUCCUGAAGCUCUGCGUCCUCAAUUUUCCUACCCCUCAAAUACGGUACCCGUGGCACCUGGAUCUUCAACCCAGGAUCCGAUUGCGCAGCUUCCUGAUCAUCCCCGACAUUCUUACCCUGGAUUUUUAUCCCCCACGUUUCCCCAGGUCUACCCGUCCGGCUCAGAGUCUACCAGUCUCUCUCAUAUCCCUCGGGACCCAGGGGCCCAACUUCAUCAGUUCCAGUAUCCCCAGAAUCCUCUAGGACCUCCCCCCCCUGCAUCGCCAACACAGGAUCAGAUGCCUCAAUAUCCAGAUCAUUUCCAUUGGGCUUUCCCGGGGUUCGUGUCCCCUCAUUUUCCCCAAGUUUACGCUCCCCCCUCGGAUCCCGGCGGUCCCCCUCAACCCGCUGACCCUCACCGAUCCACAAGUCUGGAUUAUCUUCAGAUCCCUUCCUACCCUUUACCUCCCGAAGCCACUUUGACGCCAGGACCACUUCCUCCCGCUUCAGGUCCCCCAAGGCCACACGACCGGCCUCCAUCCAAUCUAUACGGCUUUUACAAUCCAUAUGGACCGUUUUUCUACCCCAAAAAAGAUCUACUGGCUCCUUCCACCUGGGCCUAUGCUUUUCCCCAAGACCCAGUCGACUUCCUUUCGCCGCCAAGUGAGCAACGGCAGCAAGCCAACUGUCACCCUUCCUCUCACCCACUUUGUGGCUCCUACGCGUACCGUUACCCUUAUAGCCAUCCACCUUACCCGCCAAUCCACGCCCCCGUGCCCCAGUAUACAACUGAGUCACCCAAACCCACACAAAAACCUGCGCUGGGCAAGACUUCAGUGAGCCCCCCUCUCAUUCCGAAACCCAAAGUCUUCUGCUCCUCCAAUCAGAUGCUUUUGCAGCUCCCACCUGGUCCGAUCUCUGGAAUUGUUUUUAAAGACGCAAAAGGGAACGAGAUAAGCGCCCAGGAUGCUCCCAAGCAUUGCGGGUACUCUGCCAGCAUAGCAAAAGAUGGCAAAAUCCAUUUUAGCCUGCAGUUGCACACGCGCUGUCAAAUGAUUGUGCAGGAUAACAUGUACGUCAUUGGUGUCACGUAUACGACUGAAAGUGGCAGGAUGGAGGCUCAGUUUUACUGUCCGGUUUCCACGUCUGCAUCUGCACAUGGUGCCGAUUGCAACCUUCCCGGGGAACAGCAGCUCCCGUGCGGACGAGACCGAGUAGCCCAGGCGUCGUGUCUCUCCCUGGGCUGCUGCUUCAGCAAGCAUCCCCCGGCCUGUUACUACCCAAUGGACGAGUGCACAGUUGACCGCCAUUUUGUCUUCUCCGUGCCGGCAUCCCUCACGGAGCCGCCCCUGUCCCCCGGCCUCUUGGGGGUUGCCAACAACGCCACCUGUAAACCAGUCAAAGUGACGUAUGAUUAUGCCCUUUUCAAGCUCCCCAUGGAUGGCUGCGGGGCUCGCAGAAUGGAGGUUGGGAAAACUUUGAUCUACAUGGUGGAAGUCGUCAACACGGUUCAGACGAUCAGCCUCAAUUAUGGAACCAUCACGAGAGAUUCUCCGUUCAGGUUACUUGUGGAGUGCAGGUACGUACCAGGCAGCGCUUUAACUGUGAGCUACUUGGUUAAAACGCCCACCGUGGGGCCAGCGGUCCACACCCAAGGGGCGUUUGGCGUCCAGCUCCGCCUGGCCAAAGAUGCUCAGUAUACGAGCUACUACCCGCAGUAUCACCGGCCCCUGCGGACGCUGCUGGGGAAACCCCUCUACCUGGAAGUGAGGCUGCUCAACGCGCCGGAUCCCGGUCUGAAGCUGCUGGUGCACUACUGCGUGGCCUACUCGCGCACUGGAAGCUCGCUGUGGGUUCUGCUUUACAACGGAUGCCCCAACCCCUUGGACCCCAGCUCUCAGGUUGUGCCGUCCGAUGCUCAACUUUCUUCCCCUCCCGGUCAAACGCGUCGCUUCACCAUGAGCACCUUCCAGUUCCUUCCUGAAGGAGAAAUCAAAGACCCGAAUGAGGAGAUUUACUUCAUGUGUUCAACGGAGGUCUGCUCGUCACGUGACGGGCCGUGCGUCGAGGGCUGUUUUGGUCAUUGAUGUUCCGGCGUGGAAGACCCUUGACGUGAACUGGCAGGAUUUAACCACCAAUAAAAGCUCUCCAAGGA